AUGUGUUCUCUGGUACCGAUUUAUAUGGGUGCAGUUGAACCUCUUGCUGGUUAUGUUGAUGCUGAUAGAAAGUUAUUCCAUGGACGAGAUGGAUUCGGUGAUUGCUUAAAUGAUGAAAACGGUUCGCAUGUGUCCAGCUAUGUGCAACCACAACAUGCAGUUGUGGCCAUACACAAGUUUUGCAAGGAUCGACCUCAACAAAUCACUAUUAUUGCGGUGGGUCCUCUUACUAAUUUGGCACUUGGCUACACUAUGUAUGGUGAACACUUUUUUUUUUGUAUCAAAGAUAUUUACAUUAUGGGCGGAAACUAUCAAGGAGUCGGAAACUCAUCACGAUCCGCAGAGUUUAAUUUCCAUUCAGAUCCAGAGGCAGCACAUGCUGUUUUUUUAAAAACUCGAUGUCCAAUUACUAUACUGCCAUGGGAACCGUGCACCAAAUUUUUUUUCAACAUACCUAUUGACUGGCGACUGUAUGAGCUUGGCAAAUGUGCUACUGCUCACAAACACCGUGCAAUAGAUAUACUUAACAAAGUAGAAAACUCACAGUAUGAGAUUGAUAAUUGGAAUCCCUGUGAUGCUUUGUUAGUAGCUGCAUGUCUUUUUGACAAGCAGUUUAUUAAAAAGUCUAGUACUUGGCACGCUACCGUUGAUCUUACAGGAACACACACUCGAGGCCAAAUGGUUCUUGACCAUUUAAGGGAAUGUAAAAAGUUUCCAGAGAAUGUUCGCAUAAUUGAAUUUGUUGACGAUGAAUUUUUCAAACAUAUUGUAGAGUGGGUGGCUGGAUUGCGUGUUACCUUAGACUAAAAGUAAAUAAUAAUA